AUGGCGGAUAUGCGGUACAUGACGGUUAAUUUGGAGGUUCCAUUUGGCGGCAUGCCACCCUGUUUUGUCGCGGCCACAGGCCAACAACAUGGCGUGCCACCCGUUGCGCAAGCUCAAUUCAUCCCCGUCUUGCCGCGGCCAGACAUCGGCGCCGUUCCUGGUUGGCAGCCGUGGCAAGAGCCCCCUGGUGUCAUCCCUCCGCCAUAUAACGCUGCUCCGCCUGCCGCCGCACCACCCGCAGCCGCAGCAGCAUCACCACCUCCACCGACACCUACCAGUCCUCCGCUCCCCUCUGGCGCACACAUCCCUACCACAACCGACAAACCAGUUGUGCUCCCGUCAGGACAGGGCUACAUCUUCCCACAAACCCAUACCACCCUCCAUAUCAUUGAAUCUAAUUUUCCGCCUUGGGAAAACCCGGGACGACCAUUCCAUUGGCGAUCCUUCCUCGCCCCUAUCACUUUGACGCUUAAGGAGCUCAUUGAACAAAUCUGUCCUGACAAGGGCCCUAAGGGAGAAAAGGUGACUAGUCGCGGAAUCACAGAGUGUCUUGAACUUGGGGACGGAGCAUGGUUGAAGGGCACGGAGUUUUGGGUUGGGGAGAAGGGUAAGGGCGAUGCAAUGAAGGGCAAGGUUGGCCAGACUUUGAGUGAAAUAGGAUGGGAUGAGAGUCGCGGAACCGAAUCUCGACCGGUAUGGUUGGCGGUGUCCGUCGCCUAUGUUUAG